AUGUCCAUUGUGUCCUUGCUUGGGAUUGAGGUUUUGAACAAUCCUGCUCGGUUUACAGAUCCCUAUGAAUUUGAAAUCACGUUCGAAUGCUUGGAACCUUUGAAAGAAGACUUGGAGUGGAAACUUACAUACGUUGGAAGUUCACGUUCUCUAGAUCAUGAUCAGGAGCUUGAUUCCAUUUUGGUCGGACCUGUACCUGUCGGUGUGAAUAAAUUUUUGUUUCAGGCAGACCCGCCGUCUCCCGAACUUAUCCCUGCAAGCGAAUUGGUAAGUGUCACGGUGAUAUUAUUGAGCUGUUCUUACGCGGGUAGAGAGUUCGUACGUGUUGGGUAUUACGUCAACAAUGAGUACGAUACUGAGGAGUUAAGAGAAAACCCACCUGCUAAAGUGCAAGUUGAGCAUGUCGUCAGGAACAUUUUGGCUGAGAAGCCUCGUGUGACGAGAUUUAACAUUGUCUGGGACAGUGAAGAUUCGAAUCCUGAUGAGUAUCCACCGGAACAACAAGUGGACGAAGACGAGGAGGAGGAGGAAGAAGAAGAGGAGGAAGAAGAGGAAGAAGAAGAGGACAUUGAUGAGGAAGGGGUCGAAGUUGGAGAUGUUGAAGAGGACCUUGAAGAGGAUAUUGAAGAUGACAAAGAAUCCCAGACGAAAUCUGAUAAAAUGGACACAGAUGCUGACCCAGGAAGUAGCGCAGACACGCCGAAUGAUAAGACGGAAAGCUAA